UCUGUAUUCUUCACACGGCGUCUCUCUGCGGCCAUGGUAACACUGUGCUUGUACUGGACGGCUGAUUUAGAAAACACACUUCACUAACCAACACUUUUCAUGUAGCAUGAAUUUGGCGGAGAUCUGUGACAACGCUAAGAAGGGCCGUGAAUAUGCCCUUCUGGGGAACUAUGACUCCUCCAUUGUAUACUACCAGGGUGUCAUUCAGCAAAUCCACAAGUAUUGUCAGUCCCUCAGAGAUCCUGCACUAAAAGUCAGAUGGCAACAGAUCAGACAGGAACUGACUGAAGAGUAUGAGCAGGUGAAAGGAAUCAUGGGAACACUUGACAGCUUCAAGUCCGAGAAGCCUAUUGACAUCCUUGUCCCUCAGCCAGAGGAGCGACCCGAGGAUCCAGCAGUUUGGCCCCCACCCAUACCUGCAGAGCACAGGAAUCCUGUUGCAGUGAAACGGCCCAACAGUGGAGUGAAACAGCAGAGGAAGGACUCUCCUGGUAUGCAGCAUCGAGCGCCAGCAGGCCGUGGACAGGCCAACCCUAAAGCAGACCGGCCAGGGAUUAAGGACACAAAGGGCACAAAGGCCAAAGAUGAUAAGGGAAAAAAAGGAGAUGCACAGGGAGAAGUAGAACAGAAGAAGUUUGAUGGCACAGGAUAUGACAGCGACUUGGUAGACUCACUGGAGAGAGAUAUAGUGUCCCGUAACCCUAAUGUACACUGGGAAGACAUUGCUGAUCUGGAAGAUGCUAAGAAGUUGCUGAGAGAAGCAGUGGUGUUGCCCAUGUGGAUGCCUGACUUCUUUAAGGGCAUUCGUCGACCUUGGAAGGGCGUGUUAAUGGUUGGUCCACCAGGGACUGGGAAGACAAUGUUAGCUAAAGCUGUGGCCACAGAAUGUGGGACAACCUUUUUCAACGUGUCCUCCUCCACCCUCACCUCCAAAUACAGGGGCGAGUCUGAAAAACUUGUUCGUCUGUUGUUUGAAAUGGCCAGGUUUUAUGCUCCAACAACCAUUUUCAUAGAUGAGAUUGACUCUAUCUGUGGCAGGAGAGGAACUUCUGAUGAACAUGAAGCCAGCCGCCGGGUCAAAUCAGAGCUUCUGAUUCAGAUGGAUGGUGUUGGAGGAGCCCUGGAAAAUGAUGACCCCUCUAAGAUGGUAAUGGUCCUCGCUGCCACAAACUUCCCCUGGGACAUUGACGAGGCGUUGCGACGACGGCUGGAGAAGCGCAUCUACAUCCCUCUGCCCACAGCUGUGGGACGUGUAGAGCUUUUAAAGAUCAACCUAAAGGAGGUGGAGCUGGCUCCUGACGUAGACCUGGACCUCAUAGCUGAGAAGAUUGAGGGCUACUCAGGAGCAGACAUCACAAACGUCUGCAGAGAUGCCUCCAUGAUGGCAAUGCGUCGACGAAUCCAAGGCCUGAGCCCCGAGGAGAUACGAGCCCUGUCUAAAGACGAGCUGCAGAUGCCUGUGACCAUGGAGGACUUCACCUUAACACUCAAGAAGAUCUCCAAAUCUGUCUCUGCUGCAGACCUGGAAAAGUACGAAGCCUGGAUGACUGAGUUUGGGUCAGUGUAGAAAAAUGGUAGCGAAUGGACUUAAGGGAACCAGAGGCUUAAAUCGAGGAGGGAGGACUUUGAAAUGUUGAAACCUUGGAACAGGUGGAGUUAGGAGAACUUCUGUAUGUGAAGAGGAAAGCACAUCAGGAAUGAUUUAAUUUAUAUAAGAAGACUGGUGCCUUUUAGAGAACAUGAUGAAAGCUGGUGGCUUUAUUCAUACACUUUCACAUAUUGACUCAUAGAUACAACUUUAUGUGUAGAAAUUACAGUCAUCCAACAGCUGCCUGACUUAAAUUACCUGAAGCUAGGGUGAAGGCCUCUGACACGAGAAACAUUUCAUGUAAACUGUAGCGUAAUUUUCACAAGUAAGGAGUGCACUAGUUUUUACACCAGGCCUCAUGCAAGAACACGUUCUCUUCAUCUUUUAUCUCCUCUCUUCUUCCAUGAUGCUUGUUUGAAUGUGAGGUGUAGACAAGCAAGAGAAGAAACUAUGCUAAUAAAUGGCAUCUAUCAGGUUUUCAUUUAAAUAAAUAAAUUUGAGGAAAAUUUAAAUGGUCACACUGCAGAGUAUCAGGACCUGGUGCUAGAAACAGCAUCUGAAAACAUAACAAAGUAAAUGCAGUCAUGUUAUAAGACCUGAAAUGGGUCAGAGCAGAGAUGUUGGACAGAAAUACUAAACUGUUUACAUAAAAUCUACA